AUGGAUUUGAAAAAGUCACCUGAUGGUGGAUGGGGCUGGGUGAUUGUGCUGGUCUCUUUCUUCACUCAGUUUUUGUGCUAUGGAUCCCCGUUAGCUGUUGGUGUCUUAUAUAUAGAAUGGCUCGAUGCCUUCGGUGAAGGAAAGGGGAAAACAGCCUGGGUCGGGUCCCUCGCAAGUGGAGUUGGUUUGCUUGCAAGUCCUAUCUGCAGUGUCUGUGUCUCAUCUUUUGGAGCAAGACCCGUGACUAUCUUCAGUGGUUUCAUGGUGGCCGGAGGGCUGAUGUUGAGCAGUUUUGCCCCCAACAUCUACUUUUUGUUAUUUUCCUAUGGCAUUGUUGUUGGUCUUGGAUGUGGUUUAUUAUACACAGCGACAGUGACCAUCACAUGCCAGUAUUUUGACAGCCGUAGAGGUCUUGCGCUUGGAUUAAUUUCAACAGGUUCCAGCGUCGGACUUUUUAUCUAUGCUGCUCUACAGAGACUGUUGAUUGAGUUCUAUGGACUCGACGGAUGCCUGUUGAUUGUGGGGGCUUUAGCUUUAAAUAUAUUAGCCUGUGGCAGUCUGAUGAGGCCCCUUCAGAUGUCGACUGGUCCUGUACCUGAAAAAUCAGUUCUGGAAAAUGUACCAGAUAGAUACUCCAUCUACAACGAAAAAGAAAAGAACCUGGAAGAAAACAUCAACAUUCUAGACAAGAGAUACAGCAGUGAGGAAUUGUGCAAGAAUUCAGUUGCCACUGGGGACUGGAAACAAGACCAUGUCCUUCAGAAAAAUUCAUCUAUGACACAAACAAAAGAGAAUGAAACGUACAAAAAGAAAGUUGCAGAACAGACAUAUUUUUGCAAACAGCUCGCCAAGAGGAAAUGGCAGUUAUAUAAGACUUACUGGGGAGACACUGUGGCUCUUUUUAAAAACAAAGUCUUUUCAGCCCUCUUUAUCGCAAUCUUUCUUUUUGACGUUGGAGGUUUUCCCCCUUCCUUACUUAUGGAAGACGUAGCACGAAGUUCAAAUGUACAUGAGGAAGAGUUUAUUGUGCCUCUUAUUUCCAUCAUUGGCAUCAUGACAGCAGUCGGUAAACUACUUUUAGGGAUACUGGCUGACUUCAAGUGGAUUAAUACUUUAUAUCUCUAUGUAGCUACCUUACUCAUCAUGGGCCUGGCCUUAUGUGUCAUUCCACUUGCAAAAACUUAUGUCACUCUGGCAAUUCUUUCUGGGAUCCUAGGAUUUCUGACUGGGAAUUGGUCCAUUUUCCCAUACGUGACCACCAAGACUGUGGGAAUUGAAAAAUUGGCCCAUGCUUAUGGGAUAUUAAUGUUCUUUGCUGGACUUGGAAACAGUCUUGGACCACCAAUGGUUGGUUGGUUUUAUGAUUGGACCCAGACCUAUGACAUUGCAUUUUAUUUCAGUGGCUCCUGUGUCCUCCUGGGAGGUUUAAUUUUGCUGCUGGCAGCCUUGCCCCACUGGAAUGCAUGUAACAAACAACUCCAUGAUCCAAAUCCAACAGUCUUUUUGUAUAAAGUUGCCUCUAAUGUUUAGAGAAAUAUUGGAAGGCAUUACUAGACAUUUUUCACAUAGAGAAAUGCCUCUCGGACUGAUUCUGAAUGAACUUU